AUGUUUCGUGCUGCUCAUUUCGAUUUACAUAUACAUGGACCAACAAAUUACUCAACAUAUGUUGAAUAUAACUACAAAGAACGAAAGUGGACCGACUAUGCUCUUGUACAACCAAUUGGACGAAUACCUCUGUCGGUAAUUCAACAGUAUGGUAUACCGCAUUAUUACGCUCAAUACGUUGAGUGGAUUUUAGCUUCUCAAAUUCAUCGUCCAAUGACAAUAACAAACAAUGGUUCACAUUUGUCCAAAUUUCUCAACUCGCAAAGUUUCAAUAAAGCUGCUAUUAGUCAUUUACAACUUGCUUAUCCGAUGGACAUUAAUGUUGCCAAACACUCUUCUCCAGCAUUUGUUCAUAUAUUUCUACCUGUUCCAUUAGAAAAUCUAUAUUCUGAAAAAACACUAAACGACCAAUGGAUCAUCAUAUGA